CACAAGGAUCUGUACAAGGAGGCCAUGAUGGAGGAGCACCAGCCUCUUAUAUCACAAGCGAAUUCCAGUAAACAUUUUAAAGGAAACUUCAUGUUACGACCAAAUUAUAAAGUAGAACGUGAAGAUAUCAUGCAGCGCUCUUCAGGAGGCAACGUUAAUGUACAUUCAGAACUUCCUAAUACAGAUCUAUCACAUAAUCUUCCUAAUCAUGAGGAACCAUCUCUUAACCAAUCACAGAUUGUUACUAAAAGUACAGAUCAGAAAGGGGAUAAAAGGUUUAAGUGUAGUAAAGAGUUUACAAAGAGAUCAAGUUAUUCUACACACAGAAGAAUUCACACAGUGGAUAAGCAAUUUUCAUGUUCAAAAUGUGGGAAAUGUUUUACACAAAAAUCAAGUCUUGUUAUACAUGAAAGAAGUCACACAGGGGAGAAGCCAUAUUCAUGUUCAGAAUGUGGGAAAUGUUUUGCAAAUAAAUCCGGUUUUGUUAAACAUGAGAGAAUUCACACAGGAGAGAAGCCAUAUUCGUGUUCAGAGUGUGGGAAAUGUUUUAAACAAAAAUCAGAACUUGUAACACAUAAGAGAAGUCACACAGGGGAGAAACCAUAUUCAUGUACAGAAUGUGGGAAAUGUUUUGCACAGAAAACAAGUCUUGUUUCACAUAAAAGAGGUCACAGAGGAGAGAAGCCUUAUUCUUGUUCAGAAUGUGGGAAAUCUUUUCUACAGCAAUCAAGUCUUUUUUCACAUAAGAGAAUUCACACAGGGGAGAAACCAUAUUCAUGUACAGACUGUGGGAAAUGUUUUGCACAGAAGUCAAGUCUGGUUUCACAUAAGAGAACUCACACAGGAGAGAAGCCAUAUUCAUGUUCAGAAUGUGAGAAAUGUUUUACACAUAAAUCAAGUCUAGUUGCACACGAGAGAAUUCACAAAGGAGAGACGCCAUAUUCAUGUUCAGAAUGUGGAAAAUGUUUUACACGUAAAUCAAGUUUUGUUACACAUGAGAGAAAUCACACAGGAGAGAAGCCAUAUUCAUGUUCAAAAUGUGGGAAAUGUUUUGCAAAUAAAUCAGAUUUUGUUAAACAUGAGAGAAUUCACACAGGAGAGAAGCCAUAUUCAUGUUCAGAAUGUGAGAAAUCUUUUACAGAUAAAUCAAGUCUUGCUAGACAUAAGAGAAUUCACACAGGUGAGAUGCCAUAUGCAUGCUUAGAAUGUGGGAAAUGUUUUAAACAAAAAUCAGAACUUGUUUCCCAUGAGAUAUGUCACACAGGAGAGAAGCCGUAUUCAUGUUCAGAAUGUGGAAAGUGUUUUGCACAAAAAUCCACUCUAGUUACACAUAAGAGAUUUCACACAGGAGAGAAGCCAUAUUCAUGUUUAGAAUGUGGGAAACGUUUUACAGAUAAAUCAAGUCUUGUUAAACAUGAGAGAAUGCACACAGGAGAAACUCCAUAUGCAUGCUUAGAGUGUGGGAAAUGUUUUACUACUAAAGCCAAUCUUAAGAAGCAUCAGGCAAGUCACAAAGGAGAGAAGCAGUUUUAAAGUUUUGUAAGGAAUUUAAAUGAUAAAACUCAUUGGAUCAUGUCAAAGUAUAUCUUUUAUAUAAAAUAAAAAUGUUAAUAAAAUAUGGAAAUCAGUCAGGAAAUCCACUAGGCGGACAUAAAACGCCUUUCUUUUAUCUUGAGACUGUAAAUUUAAUUUUUGCAAUUAAUGAAAACAAAGGGGCAACCAAUUAUGCAAAUAUAUGUAAUAAUUUAUUUAUAAAUGAGUAAAAAUCCAAUAUAAAACUGACAUAAGAUCAAUGGAUAGACAAAUUGACGCAGUACCAACAAACCACCACUAGAUGGUGGUGUAAUCCACUAUCACUUUCUCAUCAGCACAGAAUUAUUAAAAGUAACAUAUGAUAAGAAAUAAAUGCUAUAUCUUUAUCAAACAGACCAAUAAUUAAUACAUCAAGAGAAGCUCAGGAUUUUCUGUUUACCAACAGGUUAUAACAUGACAAAAUACAGAUUAAUACAAGAACAAUAAAUGUUGUCCCUUAACUCUG